AUUUACUUCAGUCAAUUCCUUGCGUCACGUGGAUGGCCUGGGCAUGUGUGGUUCGAAAAUCUUGUUGCCAAAACGAUGUCCGACGCCGACACCGGGUUUCCUGCGACACAGGCUCCUUAAAGGGACACUAAAGGUUAAUAUUAAGUCAACGUGGACUGUUGAAAUACAAUCCCAGAAGCCUCGAAACGCUUGUUUCGUGCGAAGAAGAGACUUAUUUUAAGAGAAGAUGUGUUCUGAAGCGUCCGCGUGCCUCUAGCGCAGAUCGUACCUCUAGCGCAGAUUCGUAAUCUACCAUGCUUUAAUGCUGCGCGCCCGCUACUUCCAGGUCACGACAUGCAUGCGUGUUAUCAGCGGGACAUAGCAUUCUUGACAAGAAACUAGUGCGCAGAGUUUUCAACCAAGGAAGCGGAAGUCAGACAAAUGACGAUUAUUGUUUCGGAAUAUACGCUGCGCAGGGUGUAAAGUUGUUUUUUUUUUUUUUUUUUAGAGUGCGGCGCACAGUAACGGUGUCAUUUUCGGCGGCCUCCUACAAGUGCACUUUAUCAAUCCAACUUGACACACAUGUUCAACUUCGCAUCGUGUGACAACGGGGCGUUCCCUUACGCGCGGUGGCAUCGCAGGGAGUUCCGUCUGCAGUUGACGCAGGAUCGGUCCGCCUUCUCGGAAGACUUCUCCCUGGUGACGAGCAGAGGGCGUGUCCAGGCCAGCCUCGACCACAUAUAUUCCGGACACGUAGCAGGCGCCCCCGGCAGCCGCGUGGUGGGCGCCAUGAUGGACGGAGUGUUCAGCGGGCGCAUCUCGCUGACGCCGGGCGACGACGACGGGGACUUCUACGUGGAGCGUGCCGGCCCUUACCUGUCCUCGUCCUCCUCCCCGACGGCUCUCUUUCACUCGCUCAUCUACGCCGCGAGGGACGUGAGCUUCGACGGCGCCGGAUGCGGAGUGCACGGACACGAGCAGGACAGCCUGGACGACGCUCGACGGCGACAUCGGCCCGCAUCUGCCGGAACCCAGGUGCCGCAGGCACGCCGCACCAACGGCAGCGCCCUCGGUCACGUGCCGCCCGAGGCCGAACCCCGGUGGUCCAACCGGAGGAUGGUCGUCGGCGCCGGAGAUCUGCGGGGCGGUGCGCACUGGCAACUGCGCAGCGGCGUACAGAGGGUGUGCAACCUGGAGAUCAAAGUGGACCACACCUUCUACGGGAUGGUGUCUUCGGAUCUCAACGGCGACGCGACCAAAGUGCGCGCCUCCAUCACGGAGAUGGUGUUCACGCACGUGGCGUCAGCCACUGAAAUCUUCGGGCGCACAAACUUCCACGGCAUCACAGACAUCUCGUUCGUCGUGCAACGCUUGCAGAUCAACGAUUCCAGCCACUGCGAAGGCUCGGUACGGGACACGAACCCAUACUGCGGCGACACGCUGGACGCGGCGCACACGCUGGCCGAACUGUCCAAAAGCAACCACAACAUGUACUGCCUGUCGUACCUGUGGACGUACCGCGACUUUCCCAAGGGCACGCUGGGCCUCGCCUACGUCGCUGAGGUCAACGAGCUCCACGGUCCCUUCUGCGGCAACUCUAUACGGGAAGAGGACGAAGAAUGCGACUGUGGGUUCGACUGGCACGAGUGCCGCGAGAUGUGCUGCUACCCGCGCGAGCAUGGCCAGCUAAACCGCAAGGGCUGCACGCUGCGACCAAACGCCAAGUGCAGCCCGUCGAACAGUGCCUGCUGCAGCGACUCCUGCCAGUACCACAACUCUACCUGGGUCUGCAGGAACGACGACGACUGCCAGUUCGAGGCCUACUGCGACGGUUCGGGUGGCAAGUGCCCUCCUUCUGAGAACAAGCGCGACGGCGUUCUGUGCAACCACCGCAGCCAGGUGUGUCGGGCCGGCGAAUGUACGGGCUCCCUGUGUCACCUGCACGACCUGGAGGAGUGCUACCUCACCGGAUCGCAGCGCACGCCGGACGAACUGUGCCUCGUCGCCUGCCGGGAGAAUGUGACCGGCAGCGCGUGCAUGGAGGCGUGUCGCUUCGAGCGCAUGAAGGACUUCUGCAACAAGAAGAUGGAGCCGGGAGCGCCGUGCGACAAUAUGCGCGGCUAUUGCGACGUCUUCCAGCGGUGCCGCCUGGUGGACGCCGAGGGUCCCCUCGCCCGUCUACACUGGCUUGUGUUUGGCGGGCGGGGCCUGAAGAAUUUGCUCGUGCGCUACUGGUACUUCACCCUGAUGGCCGUGAUUGCGUGUGGCGGGGUCACGGCUCUGCUUGUGAAGCUGUGCGCCGUACACACACCGAGCAGCAACCCGCUCCUCAAACGACCACACAAGGUCGUCGACACCGUGCGGAGACCAAUGAGCUUGCUGCGCACGUGACGCACCCGACCGCGAGCUCAUUGGCUGCAGCUGUGAUUGUUCCACACCUGUGCGUGGAACGACGAAGUUGCGGGCACUCCUUGAAGAUAGGCCGUCACGCUGUCAUGGCAACUACAGGAUGUGCGAACAACGAUGGCACCAGAAACUAUUUGUCGCGGAACAUGACUCCGAUACACAUAAACCAAAGACAAUAGCUUCAGCUCGAUUUCAGAAUUAACUAUUUGAAUUAAAUUAUGGGUUUUACGUG